AUGUUGACCAGCCAGUACAGGUCGAAAGACCGAUGUUUGGUUAUCAUAAAAGAAAAUGUGUACGACCUGAGCUCGUACUUGGACUCCCAUCCUGGCGGGUCAAGCAUCAUCCUGAAGCGGGAUGCAACAGAAGCAUUCGAGCCCAUCCACCCAAAUAACGUGAUUGAGAAGCAUCUAUCGCGAGAAGCCCACCUCGGCCCCGUUGCAGAUUCAGAUAUGAUUACCACACCCGCCUCGGCACAAAUGAAGAUGUCUUCCUUGGAAAGUAGUCUUCAGAAGAGCAUCCCUUCACUUUUGAGAUCCGUUGUCAACAUUCACAACUCUGAACUUUCUGUCUUUCAAAUAUUACCUGCGCGCUCGUUUGCCUUUUUCAAAUCUGGUGCUGAAGAUGAGAAAACUGUUCAAUGGAACCAGAAUAGUUGGAAUCGUAUCCGCUUUUGUCCGCGAGUUUCAAGACCCAUCCGGGCCAUCGACUUAACGACAUCCAUACUUGGAACGAAAUACUCAGCGCCAUGUUUCAUCUGCCCUGCAGGAGGUGGUAAGCUGGCGCAUCCGAGUGGAGACCUGGCUUUGACCAAAGUUGCUGGGAAACAUGGCAUUCUUCACUGGGUACCGAACAACACCGGUUGUUCGCAGGAAGAGUUGGCGGAUGCGCGUGCGGACACGCAGACAUUGUACUGGCAGAUAUAUGCUCUGGAGGACCUUUCCGUGACGGAGAAGGAAAUAAAACAAGCUAUUUCGUUGGGUUACCGGGGGUUUGCUUUAACUGUUGAUGCCAAUCGAGUUGGCAAGCGAGAACGUGAUGAGUUUUCUGAGAAUCAAGAGGGUGAAGACAAUGAGUUUGCCAGUGGCCCUACAGUUUCGCGGUCCCACCUCUUCCCCGACUUUGACUGGAUGUCCGCAGUUUCGUGGUUACGAAAUAUAACGGAUCUGCCAAUUGCGAUAAAGGGCAUUCAAUCCUGGAAAGAUGCUGCACUAUGCAUGAAGUACGGAGUACAUCCGUGGCUGUCGAACCACGGAGGACGACAGCUCGAGGGGGCUCCCUCUGCUGUUGAUACCCUUCUUGCCAUCCAUGCACACUGCCCCGAAGUCAUUCGCCGUUGUGACGUUAUUGUCGAUGAGGGUAUCAGUCGCGGUUCUGAUAUUGUGAAAGCUCUUGCUUUAGGCGCAAAAGGCGUCGGACUGGGGCGAGCAUUUCUUUACGCCUUGGCACUUCGCGAGCCAGGCGUCGACAAGGCAAUCAGAAUUCUGAAAAAUGAAGUUGAGACGACCAUGGCUUUGCUGGGAGUUGUCAGUGUUGACUCGCUGAAUCCUUCUUAUGACUUCGACUGGCAGAUCAGCGCAUCUAGCGAUCAGGAUAGGCUUCCCCGUGGCCGCUCUAAUCUCUAG